UCUCCAGCCUCAUGAAUAUUCAUGUAAAGUGGGCGUCGACAGGCGACCGCCGGCCUUAAAUAGACAGAGCAUCUGUACCUCCAGCACCCACAGAAACUCUGAGGAUAAACCUUAACAAGGACUUAUCAUCUGAGCGGGUUCUGCAACGUCUUACAAACGAAACUACAACUGAAAUGGACACUAUGCAUGAGCUCAUCCCUUUUGCUAAGGAAAUGCUGAGUGCCGGUCCCUCCAAGGGCUCCCUGAAGGUCUAUCUAGUGGGCGGCACGUUCGCCGUCCUGGGAAUGGUGAGCGGUGUGGUCCAGGUGGCCUCUUCCUUCUUCCCUGACCAUGAGGAGCCUGACUUUGAGAUGCUGAAGGUGCGGGAGCUCAUGCCGGUGAAGGAGCAGGUCCAGGAGCCGCAAACCAGCAUCCUUGAAGAUGACGAGAUGGAUGCGGUGAUGGAGGCCAAGGCUAAGGAACUGCCGGUGAACAGACAGAGGCGGAUGAGUUUCAGAGCUCACGCUUCGUAAGGCUCGUGCCCUGCUGCUGUUAACGCUACGUGAAGAAAGUUGAGCCAAAAUGAAGUUCUGCUUGUGCACUGAUCCGCGAGGAACACAGUUAUUGUACUGAGAGCUGCAGAGCAGCAGGGAGAGGGAAAUAACGACUUGAUAGUUUACGACUGUUACGUAUGUCUGUUUAGAUGGUGUAACGAUUUUUUAUCAGAUGAUAACUAUUUAUAAAGGAUGUAUAAAAGUCAUGUGUAGAGUGUGCUCACUUUUACUGCCAUAAAAUAAAUACAUAUUUGCUCAAUCUCUGUCACUCUGUUGUAGAUGAUGUUAUGAUUUUCAGAGUCUUUUCUCAUUUGUGCUUAUGUGGAAUUGAUUUUCACAUAAAGACAAAUCUAAUAAAUGAAAUGUUCUGUUUACUUUCUUUCUGAAAUAAAAAAAAAAUAAAAAAUUG